CGCGGCGUCUCGAUGUCACAGCCCCCGACGAAGCCCAACUUUAGGUGGGAAACUGGCUACGAAAAAACCUGGGACGCCAUAAAGGAGGAUGAGUCGGGCAGUUUGGUUACCCGACUGGAACAACUCGUUCGCGAGGCUCACUCAAGUCUGCGUCAAAAACGCCGACAUUUGGCCCGGGGUAAUGAGGCUGGCCAUGUGCGUUUAGGCAUGAUGCGUCAUCUUUUCCUGAUCAUUGACAUGUCAGCCGCAAUGCUGGAACGUGAUCUCAGGCCGAGUCGCAUUCUUUGCACUCUGAGGUCUGCCGCGAAAUUUGUUGAAGACUUCUUUGACCAGAAUCCCACCAGUCAGCUUGGUAUAAUAACUACCAGCGAUACCAAGGCCAAGAGGAUAACGGAACUUUCAGGUGAGUUUCUUACAAAACGAACGCCCAUAGGCACUUAA